ACCCCCUCCCUUUCUAUCUCCGUCGUCCCCCACAUUUUUAUAUAACUCACUCCCUCUUCUCCUUCCACCCUUGUGAUCGCGCGAGUUUCGGUUGAAAUAUGGAGUCCAGACGGUGCGUUAUGGUGCUGGCAGUUGCUGCGCUGAUGGCCUCGGCCGCGCUCCUCGUCGCCGGGGACGACAUGGAGGUGAAGCCGACGGUGGUGAAGGUGGUGAAGGGGAAGAAGCUGUGCGCGAAGGGGUGGGAGUGUAAAGGCCCAUCGGUGUUCUGCUGUAACCACACCAUCUCCGACUACUUCCAGUCGUACCAGUUCGAGAACCUGUUCUCAAAGCGGAACGCGCCGGUGGCCCAUGCGGUGGGGUUCUGGGACUACCACUCGUUCAUCACUGCCGCUGCGGAGUACCAGCCCCUCGGGUUCGGGACCACUGGAGGGAAGCUCACGGGGAUGAAGGAGGUCGCCGCCUUCCUCGGUCAUGUCGGCAGCAAGACUUCCUGUGGAUAUGGGGUGGCCACUGGAGGGCCAUUGGCAUGGGGACUCUGCUACAAGAAGGAAAUGAGUCCGAGCCAGUACUACUGUGAUGACUACUUUAAGUUCACCUAUCCCUGCGCGCCUGGAGCUGCAUACUAUGGUCGAGGUGCUCUGCCUCUUUACUGGAACUACAACUAUGGAGAAGCUGGAGAAGCCUUGAAGGUGGACCUGUUGAACCACCCUGAGUACAUCGAACAGAAUGCCACCUUGGCCUUUCAGGCUGCAAUUUGGCGGUGGAUGACUCCAAUGAAGAAGCACCAGCCUUCAGCUCACGAUGUCUUCGUUGACAGCUGGAAGCCCACCAAGAACGAUACCUUGGCCAAGCGGGUCCCCGGGUUUGGAGCCACCAUGAAUGUUCUUAAUGGAGAAGACAUGUGCGGGAAGGGUGACGAUGAGCGCAUGAACAACAUGGUCUCCCACUACUUGUACUACCUUGACCUUAUGGGCGUUGGACGAGAGGAUGCUGGGCCCCAUGAAGUGCUCAGCUGUGCGGAGCAGGUUCCUUUCAACAAAGCCUCACCCUCUGCCUCUUCUUCUUCUUGAGCUUCGUUCUGGUGGAUACAUGCAUAUAGCCUUUCUCUCUGGUUCAAAUGAUAUGAAAUUGAUAAUUGUAUAAAGACAGAUUGGCGAAAAGAUUGUCCUUGUGUGUAAGUUUGGGCGUGGAGUACUGCGGAAAGGAGACAAUAGUACACCAUUGAGAUACUGCUGCCAUUUUGUAUUGUAUAGAUUCGGAGACGUAUAAUGUGUUGAACUGCUUUUGUUUGGUGGAAAAACCAUCAUGAUAUUGUUUGGAAAUAUAUCAUUUUUCUGCUGCAAUGGGCUCGAAAUGGACGCUUUAUAGACAUUCUACA